UCAAAUUCAAAUUUAAAGAACACAAAGAAAACUCAGAAAAGUAGUGCCAAAUUUGGAGUACCAUAAAUUAAUAUAUUAUUUGAUCAUUGUGAAUGUUACUCAUUUUAUUUUUAUUUUUCUUUGAGAUUAUCUUUUCCAUGUUAUCACGUCAAUUAUACGUGUUUGUAUUUAUUACCAAGAAAGAGAAACCACAUUUUAUCCUAUAAACUAUCAAAUAUCCAGAGCGUUGGAAAGAAUAAAGCUUGAGGACCAUUUCCAUGGCUGACGGAGACAGUAAAAUGGUCGACAAUGGUAAAAGAGUUCAUAUUCUAGUGGUAACAUACCCAGCUCAAGGCCACAUAAAUCCUCUUUUACAAUUCUCCAAACGCCUCCACCACAAAGGCGCCGCCGUCACCUUCGUAAUCACUAAAUACCUUUACAACAACAGCCCCGCCGCCGACAACCCUCCGCCCUUCCCCGUGGAGACCUUCUCCGACGAUCAUGACGACGGAGGAUUUCUCUCCGCCGUUUCCGUCCCUGACUACCACCAACGGCUGGAGCGCGUCGGGUCGGAGACAGUCCGAGAUCUGAUCAGGCGACUGGAGGAGGGAGGGCGGCGCAUCGACGCGGUGAUGUAUGACGGAUUUAUGCCGUGGGUAUUGGAGGUGGCGAAGGAAUGGGGGCUGAAGACGGCGGUUUAUUUCACACAGAUGUGCGGCGUCAACAACAUUUACUUCCAUAUUUACAAAGGGGAAAUUAAGCUUCCAUUGGGAGUGGAGGAGGAGAUUAGGAUGGGGGGAAUGCCGGCACUGAGGGCGGAGGAAAUGCCGUCGUUUGUAAAAGAUGUGAAAUCGUGUCCGGGGUUUUUGGCUACGGUGGUUAAUCAGUUUCGGAACAUUGAGGAAGCCGAUUGGUUACUUUGCAAUAGUUUCUAUGAACAAGAACAACAGGUGUUAGAGUGGAUGGAGAAGGAAUGGAGGAUGAAGACGGUCGGACCAAACAUACCGUCAAUGUAUGCCGAUAGGCAAAUUCACGAUGAUAGGGAGUAUGGAUUCAACUUCUUCAAACCCAUUGACGAGGCUUGUCGAAAAUGGCUCGACAAUCGUCAGAAAGCGUCGGUGGUGUUCGUGGCAUUUGGGAGUUUUUCAACUUUGAGCAUUGAGCAGAUGGAGGAAUUGGCUUGGGGUUUGGCACAAACCAAUUGUUUCUUCCUGUGGGUGGUAAGGGAUCCAGAGGUGGCGAAGGUUCCAAUAAAGUUUGUAGAGGCAACAAUGGAGAAAGGGCUAAUAGUUCCUUGGUGUCUUCAAUUAGAAGUUUUAUCUCAUGAAUCAAUAGGUUGUUUUGUCACACAUAGCGGUUGGAAUUCAACACUCGAGGCUCUAACCAUUGGCGUUCCAAUGGUUGCAAUGCCACAGUGGACAGAUCAAACUGUUAAUGCCAAGUUUGUAAUGGAUGUUUGGAAGACGGGACUUAGAGCUUUUCCUGACCCUACUGGAAUCGUGCGACGAAUGACGAUCGCCAAUUGUAUAUUGAAGAUAAUGGAUGAUAACGUUGGAGGAAAGGAGAUUAGAAAAAAUGCUGCUAAAUGGGGAGCAUUAGCAAGACAGGCGGUGAAUCAAGGUGGAAGUUCAGAUCGAAAUGUUGAUGAGUUUCUUACCCAACUAGCUUCUGGUUUAAAUAUUUAAUAGAAAUGAAAAUGAAUAGAGUUUGUGUUUGAAUUUGUCAAAAUUGAAUUAUUUCCUUUAUUACAAAUUCAAUCGCAUACAAACGUGUUAGUCCUAAAUGAUUUGUAGUCACCAUGUUGGAGAUAAACAUUUAUCAAAGUGGAUAUCAACAUAAUAAUUGUGUUUGGUUACGUUUGAGACUAUUAUUUUAUUUCAA